AUGAGUGCCGUUGUCAAACAAGAGGUAAUAACUGGCGGCGACGCGGAGCAAACGGUCCUUCAAGUUGUUGAAGCCGCCGCCGAUGGAAUUGACAUGGACGCUCUUACAUUAUUGACGUCGAGUUUAACUCAAUUAGAAAGACAGAACGCAAUUAAUUCAUUACUCGGCUCGAAAAAAUUGGCAAUUAGUCAAGCGCCUGGCGGCGUUCUUCGUCUCAAAGUCAACACGAAUACGCAAAUCGCUGGCACGGCUGAAGAGCAAGCGAUUUAUUCACUAAUCGAAGAGUCGAAAACGCGCGGUAUAUGGAUAAGAGAGCUUCGCGACGGUUCGGGCCUCAAUCAAUUGCAAUUGCGGAAGACGCUGAAAACGCUGGAGACGAAAAAAUUGAUUAAGACCAUCAAAGCAGUUGGGACCACCAAGAAAUGCUACAUGCUUUUCGAUCUUGAGCCCGACAUGUCCCUAACUGGAGGUACCUUCUAUUCGGACCAGCAAUUGGAUUCCGAGCUCAUCAACACCCUUAUUAGUGUGUGCGGGUCGUAUGCGAACAGCCGUCGAAAAAUCGCCAUCGAAUCGAAUCCAAAUGAUAUUCAAAUGCAGCGAGAGUCGAGCUAUAUUCGGCCGCAAGAGAUCGCUGAUUUCAUCACCGAGAAACGCGUGCUGAAUGUGCCAUUGAGUGUGGAUGAUUUGCAGCGAAUUCUCGACGUCGCCGUUCUCGAUGGGACGAUUGAACGAAGAUCGGAUGGAAGGAUUCGCGCGUGCCCGCCGCGCAACAAAACAUCGCCGCUCGUCUCGGUUCCGUGCUCGGUGUGUCCCGUCGUCGAAGACUGCCGGCCUGGAUUCAGCAUUUCGCCAGAAACCUGCGAAAACAAACGAGAGAAUGAUGACGGUGGAAGCGCCAAAGAUCCUAACAACAACAACAACAAUAUUGCGAAUGGUGCGGCGCACGAGCAGCCGCGGCAGCCAUCAUCGAAAAAGGAGAAGAAGGUGAUGAUCGAUAGUAUGAAGGCUUCAAAAACGACGCUCAAAGGAAAAGCGGCGGUCGAAAAAUGGGUGAGCCGUACAUUGGACAUGGGAGUGCCGAGACUCGUCGAGGAAUUCAGAAGUCUCGCGAAAUGGACGCCUGAAGGGAUGACGACCGAAGCGUUCAAUGCGAAUAAGGAUAAGAAUAGAUAUCAGGACGUUCCAUGUCAGGACAAGGGCCGCGUUGUGCUGAAAUUCCCCGGCUGCCAAAGCGACUACAUUCACGCCAACUAUGUGGGGACCGCGCGCAACGCGCAACGCUUCAUCUGCGCGCAAGGGCCGCUCGAGAACACGCAAUACUCGUUUUGGGCGAUGGCGAUUCAGGAGAAGGUCGAAUGCAUCAUCAUGUUGUGCAAUUGCAUCGAGAUGACCAAAAUCAAAUGCCAUCAGUAUUGGCCGGCGGCGCUCAAUGAGAAGAUGACGUUCGGCGACGCGCCGAAUCAGAUUCACGUCACCAACGUGGGAAUGCGCAAGUUGUCCGACGAGGAUCAAUGCAUCAACGUCACAAAUUUGAAAGUCGAUUGGGCCGAAGGCUCGAAAAUCAUUCUGCAUUAUCAAUGGGAGAACUGGCCGGAUCGCGGUGUGCCGAUGACGAAGCUCACCGCUACCAAUCUGCUCUCGGCGGUUCGCGGCAACAACUUUCCGAUUCUUGUGCACUGCUCGGCGGGAAUCGGACGAACCGGAACGAUCGUCGCGUUGGCGUACGUCCAAGAGAAGAUGCAAGCCGGCGAGGAUUGUAUGGCGAUGAACGAGCUUCUCAAAGAGUUGCGCAUGCAGCGACCGUGGUCGAUUCAGAACGAGUUUCAAUACCUCUACCUUCAUCGCGUCCUGCUCGCCUACUUCCUUGAGAAGUAUCGGGAAUCGUUCAGCUAUUUGCUCGAAGGCGAGAAUGCGGCGAAAUUCCAAAAAUGGUGCGAAGACUAUAAGGCGGCGACCGGCGGCGACUAA